AUGAUCACUACCUUCUUCAAAAAGUAUGGGAUCAAGCAGCAUCUAUGUACCCCAAGAUAUCCUCAGGGCAAAGGCCAGGCCGAAGCAUCCAACAAAAUAAUUUUGGAUUUUUUCAAGAAGAGAUUAAAGGGAGCCGAAGGAAAAUGGGUAGAUGAGCUCCCUGGAAUACUAUGGGCUUAUCGCACCAAGCAAAGAUCAAUUGGCGAAACUCCGUUUUCCCUUGCCUAUGAAAUUGAAGUAAUCAUUCAUCCUCACGUCACUGUGCCGUCUAUAGGCAUUGAAGUGGGCAGCAUUGAGCAGAACUCCAACCAGAUGAGGCUCAACCUUGACUUACCUGAAGGCGAGCGCGAGAAAGCCAUUGUCCAAGUCGCCUCCUAUCAACAGCUGUUGAAGUCUUACUACGACAAAAGAGCCAAGAUCAGACAGUGUCAACCGGGCGACCUUAUGCUAAGAAAGACCUUCAUCACUGCACAAAGACAAGGGUCUAAAAAGAUGAAACCUAAUUGGGAAGGCCGUUACGUGAUCAGCCGGUCCAGGGCCAGAGGAAGCUAUAAACUUGACACCAUAAAGGGAAGGAGAUUCUGCGACAAUGGAAUGCCUGCAACCUCCAAAUAUACUAUCCAUGAUGCUUCCUCCUACUUGCUCAGUCUCCAACAGAUGACUGAGCACUGCAGAUCUCUAAAGAAGAGAAGCAACUGCUGGAAUUUUCGAUUUCUUUAUUAA